AUGAAGAGUAAAAGGUCUCGGGUUCGAGUCUAUCGGUUCCCCAAACAUUGGGAAAAAAGAUAUGACUUCCAAUGUAAUAGUCUGGGACAGCAUCUUCAAGUGUAUGUUGAUCACAGUGUGUUCCGUCUGUUUUAUGUAAUUGUCUAA